CUUCCGGCACGUCUGCAACGUGCGUCACUUCCGGCCGCUGUAGAAUUCUCACAACAUCCACCGUUUGGGAGCUCUCGCUGCGUCUAUUGUCGGGAUAUUCGGCGGGACGGGAAAAAGACGAACAUGUCGGACACGGAGACGAAACCAUCCAGUCAAGAUGGGGGCGACAAGAAGGAUGGAGAGUAUAUUAAACUAAAAGUGAUCGGUCAGGACAGCAGCGAGAUCCACUUCAAGGUGAAAAUGACGACGCAUCUAAAGAAGCUGAAAGAGUCCUACAGCCAGAGACAGGGCGUCCCAGCGAGCACGUUACGGUUUCUGUUUGAGGGACAGAGGAUCGCAGACAACCAAACUCCCAAAGAGCUGGGCAUGGAAGACGAAGACGUCAUCGAGGUGUAUCAAGAACAGACCGGCGGAUUUUGGAACCAUUAAGCCUCCCGCUUUUAUCAACCUUUUUACUUUUUUUUUUUCUCUUCGUUUUCUAUUUUAUUUUGUAUGUUUUAAUGUUAUUGCUGUUCAGCCUCAAACCAUCUGGGUCAAAGCGGACUCGUAUCGGAGCGUCCGUUUGUUUUUAGAGGAAGAAGUCGUGGCAGUCUGUCGGCCCUGACGUGAAAUAUUUAGUCCUUUUCAGGCGUUUUUAGGAAUAUCACGACUCCAUAUUUCUCCUUUGCACCAUCUAUUUCUUUUAGAUUUUCUUUUGUUUUGGACUUUCUUAAAGUGAAGCAGCCAACGUAUUGUAGGUUAUCCUAAAACAAAAAAAAAAAACAAAGACCAAUAGGAGCCAAAAAGUGGACCGGACGGGUUUGGGGUUUUGGAAAUGUGGCGGAAAACGACGCGUUUGUAUUAAAGUCGGCCUGAAGCUCGUUCAUCUGCGCUCUCCUGUGCAGAGCCGCUGUACCUGCCUCUGCUGAAGCAGCUGGGCUUUUAUUCUGAAGGAGGCUCCGGCCGUAAUGUGUUUUUUUUUUUUCUAAAGACAGGACGGGGAGCUGCUUGCACCACGAAGCGUUCAGGUUUCUCUGCCAAACUCGGCUCCCUCCACGUCCUUUUUAAACCGCUUUUAGCAGAGACGUCUCCCUCUGGUUUUAUACGCCGGCCCGUCCGAAUGAAAGAAUUGACACAAAAGAAUCUACUUCACAUGUUUGAUAUUUGAACUGCUUUCAUCUCCGUCUUACUCGCCGCCGGUGCGUCCUGGUGUCUGGCUCUGGAAUCAUGUCAGGACGCGGGUUUUUACGCUCGUGUUUGGUGCCGCUGCCCGUUUCUCAGCUGCAUCUCUCAACCCGUGGCGAGGGUUGAGAGAUGCCUUUCCUCGCCUCCAUCAGAUUGUGUUGUUACAACAAUAAAAGACAAUAACGCUGUUCUAGGCGGUAUGUUGGUGCUAAUGAGCGGCUGAAACAUCCCGUCCGGUGAGCUCUGAAAGGCGGUCAAAGGAUGAGGUUUUUACUCGAUGCUGCUGCGGGUGUACAGCCGGCGUGAAAACGUCCAGCUGCUCCGGCGCGUAUUAGCGACUUUUUAGGCGCCAGACCCGGAGGUCGAGAACGCCGAGGACGAAUGGGACGCACCGAAAGGCCCCGGUUGAGCUCCUGGGCCUUUAUGUGUUCGUCGUUAGAGGAACAUUGAUGCAGAUGGUUUGAAAAUCUGGAAAUGAGCUGUUUUUUUUUUUCUUUUUUUCAAUAAAAUAUUUAAAGAAAACA